GUGUUGUUGGAAGCAGGAUUGUAGCAGAAACCUAUCUUUUUGUAAAUAUUUAUACACACAUAUAUACCUAAGAUAGUUGAAUAUUAAGUGUGUAUACUAAUUUCUUACAAUUUUCUAAUGCAGGUAGCCAGAUAAAACGUUGUAUUUACAAUCCCACAAGCGUAGAUGAUUGUUUGGUAAUAACUUCAUACGGGUGCAUAUUUACGAUGGACAAAACAGUAUUGUGCGAGAGUCUAAUGAAAUGGCUUCAGACGUUUGAUCUUGAUGCACCUCACCACACGUUAGAAGAGAUAAGCGAUGGCGUUGCGAUGGCUCAAGCGCUUCGUCAGAUUGCACCAGAAUGGUUUUCAGCUGCGUGGCUGUCAAAAAUCAAAGUUGAUGCUGGAAAUAAUUGGCGACUAAAGGUGAGCAAUUUAAAGAAAAUUGUUGAAGGAAUUGUUAACUACUAUCAGGAGGGCCUAAAUCAACACAUUGAAGAGUUCAGCAAACUAGAUGUCAUUAAAAUUGGAGAGAAGUAUGAUGCAGCAGAACUGGGACGCUUGUUACAGCUUAUACUUGGCUGUGCUGUCAACUGCCAUCACAAACAAGAUUAUAUCACCGAAAUCAUGGCGAUGGAGGAGUCUGUGCAACAGGUUAUCAUGCAAGCGAUUCAGGAGCUAGAACAGAGCGGUCAUGGGAACAAUCUGUACACCAUGGGCAUGAGCAUGGGAAUUGAUUGUCAACGUCUGAUGGGAGAGUUGGAGGCUGCAACCGAGGCAAGAGAUCAGAUAGCACAGCGUUGUCAUGAACUGGACAUGCAGGUGACUUUACUGCAAGAGGAGAAAACUAUUUUGCACAUGGAAAAUGUUAAACUGCAGGAUAAGUUGAAGGAGUUUGAGACUCUAGAAGACUCAUCAGUGGGGUCUGGGCACCGUUUCAAAGAAAUGAGAAAGCAGAAUGACACUUUGAAAGAAGAAAUGUUCAAGAUUGAAACGGCUAGGGAUGAUUUUCGCUUGAAAGUUGAACUACAGGAGAAAGAAAUUUUGGAACUUCAAGCGAAAUUGGAGGAGCUUCAAAAAACUGCUGACGAAGCACGACACUUGAAGGAUGAAAUCGACAUUCUGAGGGAAACAGCAGAAAAAGCUGUUAACUAUGAAGCAACCAUUUCAUCAUACAAGAAAAAGUUAGAAGAGUAUAGUGACUUGAAAAGGCAAAUAAAAAUUCUUGAAGAAAAGAAUACUGAUUAUGUUCAACAAAUUAUGGAACUGGAAGAGGAGGUGAAGAAAAGUGUUACAUGGAAACCCCACCUAGAAAUGUACAAGUUGCAAAAUUUGGAACUGCACCAAAAGCUGAGUGAUGAAACAAAACGAGCAGAUAAAUUUGAAUUUGAAUGUAAAAAGUUAACUGAGCGGUUGAGUUCUGUACAAAGGGAAAAUGAGCGUUUAAUAGUCGAAAGGGAUAUGUUACGAGAAUCAAAUGAAGAACUCAAGUGUUCUCAACUACAGAUGCGAGGAAGCUCUGUCACCAACCCACCAAACACACUGCUAGCUGAAACUGUUCCAGAAAAUGUUAUAUCACCAGACAUAAAAGAGAAGCUGGCACGCUUAGAGCAUGAGAACAAGUUACUUCGUCAGAAUCAGCGUGAGCAGGAGGCAGAACAACUGGCAGUGGCUUUGGGUCUCCUAGAUGAUGCCAAUCGGCAAGUGAACAAACUGCAGUUAGAUAGCAGGGUGACGAACCAGCGGAUCCUGGAACUGGAGAGUCAGUUAGAGGAGCUGCAGGAACCAGGCAGCACAGGUAUUCGUCAGAGACUGACGGAACUGCAAGACCAGGUGCGUGUGGCUCAGCACGAGCGCGACCAGAAGAGUGUGCUGCUAGAGGAGCGAGACGCUUCAUUAGUGGAAAGCAAGCAAAAAGUAGCAAUGCUUCAAGAAAUGUUAAAACGAAAAGAAAUGGAAAUCCAAGGUCUUGAAGAGCGGUAUAGAAAAUAUAUUGAAAAAGCUAAGAGUGUAAUAAAAUCUCUUGAUCCCAAGCAGAAUACUGGUUCAGCAGAUGUGGUUAUUUUACGCAAUCAGCUGUUGGCAAAGCAUAAGAUGAUUGAAGCAUUAGAGGAGGAAAAAGAACAAGGAAAAAUAUGUAGAGAAAUGGAAGAAAAGCUCAUGGCGUCUGCAUUUUACAAACUGGGUUUGGUAAAGCAGCAAGAAUCUGUGGAUCACCGGUUGGCUGCACUCGGGUCUGGACAAGGCCAGUCGUUUCUCGGCAGGCAGAGACAAGCAACCAUCCGUAGAACUGUUCACAAUUAUGAUUCAAGAUAGGGGACAUUAAAAUUAAUCAGUCUUAUCUAAAUAAUCAGCUUUUAACUAAAGUUAAGCUUGAACCGUAUCAAUAAUACGCCAAGAUUAUGCAUUACAUCUCAGAAUGGAUUGUCUUAUCUUAGAUUUUUAUUUAUAAAUAUUUUUUUUAGCUUAAAUUUGAGAUUAACUUUUGUUUGUAUAUUUUAUUGUAUUGUUAAAAAUUUUAUAAAAUUAUUUGUGAAUAAUAAAUAUUGUUCUUUAUUUUUUACUUAUUACUUAUGAACUAUUAAUGUUUGAAACAAUAUAGUAAAUAUAAAUUGUUUAAUAUGAAAUUCCUUUUCAAGAAAUAUAAUACUUAAAGUGUUACAAAAUAUGAAACAAUUCUUAUUGCCAAGCAAUUAAAAAACAUGAAAAUGCGCACAAAACAUCUAAAAUUUACAUAGAACAAUCUAAUUUUUAGUUAUAUGGUAAUCAUCUCUCAUAUUAAACUAUUAGAUAUGUUAAAUCUAAGGACCAGUUUCACAAUGCACGUUUAAAGUCAUGAUUAUUUUGCCAUAUGAUAAAUUUAAACAGAGCUUUCAAUCAGUGAUUAGUAGCUUUUACUAGUAUAAGCAGUAAGCAGUAUACACAUAGGUGAUACUGUACAUACUAGUUCAUUAGCAGAAAGUUUCCUAUUCUAGCAUUGUGGAAUCAAAGAUAGAUAAAUAUUACUGUGACCUCAUCAAAGUUUUACACAAAUGUUCAAGGAAAAAUACUGUAAAUCUGCUAAAAUGUGGUCUUUAGCAAACAUUUAAAGUUAGUAUCAACAAUUUUCAGCAUACUAUUAGACUGCUGCAAAAUUAUGGGGGAAAAAAUUGUAAAUUUAAUGAAGUAUUUUUAAGUAUAACUCAUUAUUUAAGUAUAAAUAGUUUCAAAGUACAAAAAUUUUUAUGGUGUAUACAUGAAUAAAUUAAUACAAUUUUGUUACUUUUCUUCCAUGAUGUUAUUGAGUUUUGGAAAUUGUCAGAAAAUCAAAAGACAAAUGUGAGGCGAAAUAUUUUUUCUUCUUUGUAGUUUUAUUUUAUUGUCUGUUCUUUCGAAGUACCGAAAAAUCUCAUUAUUAUAUGUUAAGUACAAAACAUUGGAAUGAAUAAAGAGUGUAGCUGUUUUAAGACAAGUUAUUUGACAUAUUAAAUACAAAACAAACUAAAUAAUUUUAAUAGAUGAAAAGCAUAAAUUUUAAAAUUAUAAAUGUUUAUAGAUGGGACAUGGGUGUAGAUCUCAGGAACGCAAGGGGUUACCUCUCCCCCCCCCCCCUGCAUAUAAGCAAAAAUAUGGGCAGUAUACAACAUGCAAGAGUCCUAUCUAGAGAUGACUUUUGUCGGUUAACCCUGCGUGCAAAACUUUCAGGCCGCGCGGGCCCCUCUUGUGAAUCUAGUGCCUCUGAAUGGCAAAGACAAAAUAUUCAAAAAAUUAAACAUUUAAUUUCUAUUUUUAAAAAACACAGUACAAUCUAUAAGUUUUAAGCUCCUUGUUAAGGUUUUCACAUGCAAUUUAUGAAGCUCAUUACAUAUUAAUGUUUUUAUCUGUUUUUCUAUCAUUUUUAUUAUUCGAGAAGUAUUUUGCGCAGUAAUUUUUAUUCCUUUAGCAGUUCUUUAUAUAUUUUUGGUUUUUUAAUAUAGUAAUAACAAACACACACUGUGCAUGUUUCUGGAAUAUAUCAGUUAGUGUCAGAAAUAUAUUUCAAUGGAAAAUGGGACCAUUUACUCAAGAUAUGUUGAAAUUUUAUUAAGACUUUGUUUGCAUGGGCUGUACCUUUAAUGAUUUCUGCAACAAAACAAUAACUGGGUGUUAUAGUUUUGGGCAGUAGUAAUCUUAGUACCCUAAAUCGUUCUACUGGUAGAAGUAACCAAAAUUCUGCAGCUGCGACAUAUUUUACACCACUCAGGAGGUGGUUUAAGAGGUGCAGGUGGUUGAGAAUUUUGAAUUUGUUUUCCCAGUUUCAUAUUUUAACAUUUUGUCUUAGGUUAUGCAGAACAACAUAUUUUGUUUGGCAAAUAAUGAAGUUAUAAUUAUAAUUUCUUAGGGUAAAUUACUUAAACAGAUGUAAAUGUAAAAACAAAGAAAUAAAACAAUUUUGCACAUAAUAGCUAAAUUUUUAGUUUUACAGAUUAUAUUUUUUAAUGUAAUUAUUAUUCACAUGAAUUAAAUUAUAGCUUAUAUUUUCAAUUAUUUUAAUAGGUAAUGUAACAAAAGUAAUUCCGUUUAUUAGUACUCAAGCUUUCGGGUGGUAAUAUUUUCAUACUUCCCAAACCCAUUAAUUUUUUUCCUCUGUAAUUUCCUUUAACUUACGAAGUUGUGUAACCCAACACACUCCUAUCCACCAUUAGACAUUAACUCCAACAUUUUAGCCACACUGCUGCCUACCACCACAUUUAUUGAUUACCUUUUACACUAUAUAUCAUUUAGCUACUAAACAAUGUUUUUUUUAAAAUAAACACCUACCAGUUCAUUACAAGUCUUAAUAUUUUAUUUACGAUUUUACACUCUGCUUAAACACCUGUGCUGUGGUGGCCUUCCUUUCAUUAAUGGUGUAAAUCCUCUAAACUCUUCAUCUUACUGCUCCUCCCUCUUUUCCGUCCUGGCCGUGGCUUGACUCCCAUGGGCCACAUGAACUCUCAAUCUGGAAUCUGGACUGUUCAUCCUGAGGUAUCCCCAUGUCUGCCAUGCUAACUUGCUCUUCUUUCCCUCUUAAAAGAUUUUCCUCUCGGAACCCUUGUGAUGCCUGCACUGGUGAACUCUUGUGAUCCACAUGCACAUACCUAGUGUCUUGGCCCACCUGUACUUUUAAUGUAAUUACACUAGUAAUACUUACUAACACAGUAAGUGGGUUACCAAAUGGAGCAAAGUGGCACAUUCCAGGGGACUCACUUUCCAAUCUCAUUCCAGCAAUCCUAAAUUUUUUUUCUAAAAUCACUCUAGAAAAAAAUUCCUUUUCCGAAUAUUCCUGGUUUGUGUUGUCUGUUAACAUCUCUAAUGACCUCAUUAUCCACAAUAUGUAUAUUAUUAUAUGAAGGGAAAUUUAAAAAGUCAUUGGAUGGUAGCAUUUUAAAAUAGUAAAAGUUGAGGGGGAAAUUUGGCACAAAAGUUUAUGAAAACAAAACCAUUACUUUGCAUUAGUAUAUACUUAAUAUCAGUAGCGGCCGGUGAUGUUAAAUUAUGGGUGUUCACACACUCAUACAUACACACAUGCUAACACAUAUGCACUCGUAAAAAAACGACCUCAUACCUUACUGCGUUCUUGAAGCCUGUUUUGGUGUCAGAUUAUCUGUGUUGGUGCGGCACCGUAGCAGUUACUUACUGCUUAUCUUGGAGUCGUGUAAGAUAUAUGUAUUUCGUUUAUUACACAAACUCAUGUCUGUAAUUGUAGCCCGAAUUAACACAACGAAGCUUAUUGAGCAGACUAGUUGUUUUUUAAGAGAUUUUAAAUUGUAAUUCAAAAUGGUAGAUCGCUGAUCAAGCCUCACAUAAAUAAUAAAAAAUUAUGUUUGAUGUUCUUGAUUUUUCAAAUUUGUGGCUGGGUUUGAGCUUAUCAAAGUGUUGCGCCUGAAAGCAAUGUGAAGCUAAAAAAUAUGAUUUUACAAACUUUAAUGCUACAAAGUUAUUGCACCAUUAUUUAUUUGUAAAAAAAAAUCCAUUCUGCUGUUAUUCAGCUGAGCAAACUUGUUGAUGACUCUAUGAUUAAAAUCAUGCAUGCUAUUUAUUAGUCUUUUUUCUAUUGACAACAUUGCUAAAGCAGUAAGUCUUUCUUCUGACAUAGUGUUCCUAAAUUUUUAAUUGUUAACUUUUCCUUGUAGUAAGUUUUCUGUUCUCUAAAAUUGUUUGUACGGAAUUCAUUAUGGUGAUUUUUAAAAAUUGUACAUGUUUGCUAUACGCUCCAAAUAACGCAGUCACAUUUUCACAGUUAAAGUCUUACAACAAAGGGAAACUUUAUAAUAUACCUCAGAAAAAUGUUGUCCUGCGUAAGGCACAGAAAAAUAUUUUACAAACGCACAGUCACAAUAAUUAUUUAAAGAUAUUUACGCUCGCAUUAAACCACACGCAAAUACUUGUUUCUACUGGACGUAAAAAACUGAAAACGUAAAGUUUGUUUAGUUAGGGGUGAUAGUAUUGGAGUGGACAAUACUGGCAUCUACCGGGCUGAUUCAUAAGUUAUGACUUACUUCUCUGAUCAGUGCUGCUUUGCGUGCUGAAAUUUGGAACUCCAUCAAUGAGCAACGAGACAAUCACGAGCACACCAGAGUCGUGCACUCGUCCAGUGUUAAAUGUCCCGUAGGAGGUGACGUAAUUCCUUCGUGCGCAUGCGCAAAAGGACCGAGGCAGUCAUGCAGGCAGCGCGUUUCGUGCACAGAUCCAUUGUGAACACUACAGCGUUGCCGUAUCGCCGCAAUCGAAAAAAUAAAAACAGAUGUCUGUGACAGAUGCAAACAAAGCGACGAGUGUAACUCUGGUAGCUGCCACUGGUAAAAGUAUAUAAAAAGGAACUUUUAACUCUACAAAAUACAUAAAUGUUCUGUAGAAAACUGGGUGUGCACGUGCACUUGUGCUCUUUAAUACCGGCCGCUACUGCUUAAUAUAACCUAAAAGAAGUCUGAAGCUGUUUCAUGAUUUAAUAUACAUUUUUUGCAUGAUUAUUUUUUGUUCGAUUCAUUUAACCUUCAAAACAGUAAUUAGUUUAUGCUAGGUGAAACAUAAUGAAAAAUACAUUGUAGUUUAUAUCCAUGUUUAUGCUGUAUGUAUUGUAUACAGUUACAUUACCUCCAAUCAAACAAGAACUAGUUCCAUCCUUGUUCACAAAUAUUGUAAUAAGGCUUGUAAAAUACAUUUCAGAUCAUCAUAUCUAUCUAUGUUUCGACUAGCCCAUUCAUUAGAACUAUUCUUGUUUUUGAGAUGAUUGUGGGUUACAGGAAAAUUAAUCAUUGAUCAUAUAUAGCUAAACAUAGGUAGGUAUAUGAAGAAAUGAAAGAUGUAUAGCUAACCAAAAUUUAUUAUAAAACAUCACUUCUUCUGGACAAAAGUAGAUAUUGUGGAACUGGCCCUUAUUUUGAAAUCUAAACUUUAUUGGAAUAAAACCAAUUAUUUUUAUAUUGGCCCAAUAUCACUUCCUGACAGCAGAUUUUUUUUUGUUCUGUGCAGCCUCUUUUGUUUUGCAAGGAAGGUAAUUUUGGUUGAUGAUUCAUAUGUUUUUGGUUUACUGUGUAAGAUUUUGUAUAAAUUUUUGUGUUUUUCUUUAUAAUAUUUUUUAUUUGUAUAAAAUUACUUUCUGUAUAAUUUGUACUUAACCAGUAAUAUUUUUUGUGGUACAUUCUGCUUUUUUGUUAAAGAAUUGUGAUCUAUUAAAAUUUGUAAAAACUUUAUCUUUAGGAAAGUUUGUAAGAUACACAGAAUAUUUUGGUGCAAAUUUUUAGAGUUUACGUAGAGAUUAUUUUUUUUAUUUCUUCUUUAUCAAGUAAAAGUUACAUAAUUUGUAAGAAUCGGGAUGCCACUCAUUUUCAUAUAAACGUGAAUUGAACCUGAGAAAAAUGUAUCCAAUGAAGAUUACAGUUUUGCAUGGGAAAUGGACACCCAUUUUAUUUGUGGUUGAACAUGUUUACACCUAGGUAUAACCACAGUAGCUAUUUUGUCCUCUGAAUUUGUUUGGUUAUAUAAUGUUUUCGGAGCUUUGGCUUAGACAAUGUACAUGCAUAAGUGGUAUGUUGUUCAGCCAUUAAUUAAAAAUUUUUAAAUGAAGAAUUCUUUUCAACAAGGCUAUAACAUCAUGCACUCUCAUCAAUAAUAAGUAACUUUUUAAUGUUCAUGGUGGCUUUUAAAAAAUUCACAAUUCUAACAUGUGUAAUAGGUUGAGAACUGUAGUGCCAGAAAUAAAAUUUUGUAUGGUUGUUAUUAUAUAAGGUAAUUAUUUAAAUUACAUUGGUUAGGAUUAAUUUAAGUUUCUAGAAAUCAUGUUUUUUAUGUAUGUAUUAUCUUCAUGGAAGAAUCUUUAAGGAAUACUGGUCUCAUAUCCUUUAAGCACUAAGUAGGUUACAAUACUGAAAAGUAGGUAACAUUCAGUUGACUUUUAUAGUGCAUACGUGAGCAAGCUUUAUAGUUGGUUCAUAGUGACUACGUGAGUACUAGAGAGACUGUUCAGCUGAUGUACAUUAUUAUUUUAUAAUUUAGGUUCUGAAUUAACUUUUGGCAUUACCAGACCUCUACAGGCUUUUCCAAAAUUUUAAUAAGUUUAGGAGCCCUACUAAAAAUUUUGAAGCCAGAUAUGAUGACUCCAAUAAAAAUUUGUUAAAAUUUGCUUAUAUAGAGUAGAUGUAAUAAAGAGUUAAAACAAUUUAUAGAAUAUUCAUUAGUAAAUGUGGGAUUAUUUUUACUAUCGCAAAGUGCAUAAAUUGAAAAAUGACAGUUCAUUUCGUGGCAAUUUUAAGUGUCUCUUGGUUUUAGCACUGUAAUAUCAGUGAUAUACAGUCUUUGAAGAGUCAAAUUCUAAUGGAUAUAGAAAUUCUAGUUGACCAUUGGGUUGCUUAUAUGCAGCUCUAAAAUACAGACAGCACUAAUUUGUUCAUAAUUGAAUGAAUCUUAUGGAACCCUUAAUUUACACAGUUUUGUAAAGAUAAGAAACACUGCCACAGUAGACUGUAACUUGCUACAGGAAAUCUCUCUCCAUUUUUCAGCACUGUGGUCUGAAUGUCAGAUAAAUUAAUUUUGCUGGUUACAUACUUAAAACUCACUCCAUUAAUUGAGAAUACUGAAUAUUGUGGACUUAAGCUAAUGUUAUGUGAUGAAAGUUUCAUGUUUAAAUGUUUCACUAAGAUACCUAAAUAAUUGUCUUUAAAAUUUUACAAAUUUUGAAGCUCUUGUCUCGUGAGCGUACAUUAUGUAGAUGCACAUAUUAAUAUUUCCUCAACUAUAAUGUACAUAUCCAAAAAAAAUUUGUUCAGAACAACUGGUAACAUUCUUUGGUGAAGCAAGUACUUGAUAGUUUUUUUGCACAAGAAGUUUAACACCAGAGAAAUGAUAAUCCCUGGUCUUUAAAAAGAAUAGAGAAUGGUUUCAAAAUGCCAAGGCAAAGGCAAUAAUAAAUAAUUUACCAACCAUGUGGAAAAUUUGGGUUUGAAUUCUCACCUAGGACUUGGAUUUUUUUACUAAAUCUCCUCUAAAAAUAAAAAUAAAAAUUUGUAAAUGGUGUACUGUUGGGUAAGUUGUACUGAAAUAUUUAUCUCUAGUCUACCAUCAUACUGAUGGCAUAAUAAUAAUGUAGAGCAUAAACUGCAUUAACACUCUGUAGAGUUGUGAUAUUUGUAGUAAGAAAUUCUACAUGAUUAUACUUCAGUGGAUUGUUCUAAAUGGUUGGUAAAUGGUAAAAUCACUGUUUACAUUUUAUGUAAUUUGUAUGGUCUAUCAACAGAAUGUUUGAUAUUUAAAAAUUUUUUUUUUUUAUUUUUUUACAGACCAAUGUUACAGUUUUAGUUUUGUAAUAAAUGUAGUACAUAUUUAUUAUUGUGUCAUCUAAAUCUUGAAAUUUUUCUUUGACUCUGUAACCUAAAAUAUGUACCUAUGCAUGGUUGUGUAUAUAUUCAGGAAGAUUGGCAAUGUUUAUGUCAUUUAGGUCAUAUUAGGACCACAGUAAAAACCAGAUUGAAUGUGGUUGUUCUUUCAUAUAAUUAACACUUGUGUUAUCUUCAAACCACACUGUACUGGGAAGAGGACCAGUCAGGUCAUUAAAAAUAGAUUCAACUGUCAUUACACAGACAAGGUUUACUAAACACCAAUCAACAAAAGUAUGAAAGUUGGCUGAUUUCAGGCCUCUUCAAAUUUAUAUUGUUUUAUAUUAAAGGUUUUGUAAUUUUAAUUUUUAAUGGUAUCUUUAGGAGCCGUAACAUAUUUCAGUUUGUUACAUUUAUUCAAUAGAUUAGAGACUACAUAUCAUCACUGCAUGCAAACAUUUGUAAGCCGUGCCCACCUAAUGAAAAAUUUCUACCAAAAAUGUGAAUAAGCCAAGGAAGUGUGUGCGAGUUUGGUGGAAAAUAUUUGGCCACAAGUGUACAGUAUUUGGACUGAGCAAGUGUGACACAUUAGGACAUGAUGUGUUAUUAUGGUAGAUUAAGGUGAUUCACAACCUACAACAGUGUAUGUAGUGUAUGUCAUUGGUUCAUGCACAUUUUGUACGACAAUAAAUAUUUAAGUAUAGAAAAAAAAUAAUUUUUAAGUCUUUAAUUAUAAGUAACAUUCUAAUAAUAAACAUGAAACUUACAAAUACGUAAAUUAGACCAUGAUAAAUAUUGAAUUUAGCAUUAAAAACAUCAAAUAUUAUUUUUAAGUUGAAAUUUAAUUUAGUUGGUUACAUUUCUGAAUUUAUUUUGAGAAAAGGGCAUAAAUGUCAACUACCAACAUUAAUUUACUUAAUGAGUGAAAAAGAGUGCAUGUAAAAUGCUGCCACAUAUGUAUUAAUCUGUAAUUUGAGAGCUGAGCUACUAUACAGAGCAUGUAUGUAUGCAUGCUACAUGAGGCUGUGAAUCCAGCUUAAUACACAGCCUCUCGACCGUGUGACUGCCUUAGGUAAUGUUUAUCUUGACUGCUCAGACAAUUAUCUUCUCCAUGACAAAGAAUGCUUCUGCACAUCCGUGCAUGUAUUGGAUAUAAAAAAGGGAACAUGCUAAGCUUCUAUUAUUUUCCCACGCAUUGUUUGAAACUAAAAGUAAAAUAGUUGAAUGUUUGAAGAAACAUAAUAUAAAAAAGGAAUGAUUUUCACUGAACAAAAGAAAUAAGUUAACGAAGAAGUUUAAGAAUUUUUUAGACUUAGGUCAUUUUAAGCUACAGCUAUAAAAAUGUAUUAGUGUGCUUUCUUUUAUGCCCACCUAAUAAUUGUUUUUUUAAGUAUACUGCACUGGCAUGAUGUGCUUUUUUUUUCUCCUUUCAUUUUAUUUCAUUUAAAUUUCUGAGACCUGACAACAGAAAUGGAUGUGAAUUAAUUACCAUCAGCUGCUCAUCUUUGCUCUUGUAAAAAGAUACUGCUGUCCAUCUAUCUCCUACCCAACCAGAACCACUCCAAUCCCUGCCUUUCUCCCAAACAAAUGCUGUCUUUGUAGAAGGUAGAGCUCUAUCACAAAGCUAAAUCUGGCCACUAGUCUACCAGUGGUAACAAGUAUCCACUUUUUUUUGGGAAGCGAGAGAAAAAGUAGAGGAUGAGAUAUAAAGAGAGGAAUAGCAAGAGAGAGAGGGGGGGAGGGAGUAGGGGUAGAGAGGAAGGAAUGGAAAGAGGAUGAGAUGAGUGAAGUGACGUAAGUGACAGAAGUGAUGUGCUUAUGUGGUGGGACAGCUAGGUGCCUGUUAUUCCUAAGUUUGUCAAAUUAAUUUAUAAAAUGGAGCAGCGAUAGAAGGGAAGGACUUAAAAGCAACUUCGGAGCUUUUCUCACUUGUGAAGAUCCAGGUUUGGAUCCAUUGUAUUUUGAAGUGGAAUCAUUUAAGUAAACGGCAUUUGUGUGGGUUUUAUUUUUAAAAAAAUGUAUGUUGUAAAUUUACAAUGUUAUGUGCAAAACAAUUUUUAAAUGUUUAUUUCAUAUGAGCAACAAGCCACAUAGCAACACACAUACAAACUUGAAUGCAGGAAUACUUACUUAACAAAUAUUGCUAAGAUUACACUUACACAGUAAGUUAUCUGAAUUGCAUCACUGUUUGCCUAUUGAUUCUCAGUGAUCUGAAACCAGCUUCGAAAGGCUCAUGUACAUAUGAACCAGGAAAACCAGAGAAUCUACCAUUUACAUUCCACUCUCAAAAACUGGAAAUAUUACAGAUUUUGCAGCUGUUAUUGCCAGCUGGACAGGGUAGGAUAUCAGCAUCUGGGUAAAAGCUAAAGGGUUGCAUAUUCUUAAACUUAAGCUAAGUGUAAAAAAUUUGUAUCAGGUUAACUCAAUCCUGUACUCAGUAACUUCAGAUUGAAUCUAGUGUAAUUGAGUGAAGUAAAGGAAAACAUAUAUAUAAAGUAGAAACAUUUUAUUUGUUUAAUGAGAACUGUUCACCAAUUAAUAAAGUGAUAAAUUAAACAAAAUAGUCACAAAGUUAUGUAGUAAAUAGUUUUUUGAUUUAUUGUGAAAAAAAUUUGAUUAUGACUUUGUUCAUAACAUACUGGCUUUUAAUUUUAAAAAAAGUCUUAAAACUGCAAUGUUUUUUUACCCAAUGUAACAUAUGAACUAAUACUACUCUACUUUUGAAUUGUUGCCAUUACCAAAUUUAUACCUAAAUAUAUUUGUUUGGAGACUAUCUAGUUAACUCAAUCACAUGACAGAGUAAUUUGAGUUUCGUAAGCAGCAAAUUGAUGUCAGAAAAUAUGUGGACUGAUGCCUGUAUGUUCAGCCAAAAUUUAUUUUACACCAUCUCGCAUGUUAGCAGCAGCUCUGGAGCGUAAAGUAAGAAGCUUUCAGGCCUAGUAUACCUCAUGCAUACUAUGAUGCGCUAGUGACAAAUUUGCUAGGGGCAAAUCAUGGCAGACAUGCAUUUAGUAAACAACAGAGUUGGGAAUUAUGUAAACAAGUUAAAUAAUCUUUCUUAUAAUAGAAAAUGUUUAGUUUAUGAUAUUUUAAUUCUUAUUAUAACUGAAAUAUAUUUCCUAUAUUAAUAACAUUUUUUUUAAUUCAGGAAUGUUAUUAGUGCCUACAAAAGAAUGUUAUAUCCAAGCCUGAUUAUGUAAACAUUUUGGUACGUGAACUUUUUAAACUUAAAUUUAAGUUCUUUAAUCUGAAAGUGUUAUUCAAAAUUUAUUUAAAUGCACUUCAAAUGUAUUUAGACAUAUAGUUGUACUUUAAAAUAAUUUUUACAUGAGCAGUAUCUUGAUUAAAAUGGUAGUCAGCAGGGACACUUACCUGAUUGAAAAACAAACUAUUUUGAUUAAGAUUCACUGUUGUAGGAAAAAAAACUUUUUUUUUUACUGCUGUUUUGAUUAGCAUUCUGUUUUCCUGGAAUGAAUUAGAGCAUUACGUUGAGAGGCGGGUGUACUCCUAAUAAUUAUUGUAACUACUUAAAGUAAACCAUCAGCAAACGUUCUUUUUGUAGGGUUUUCAUUUAUGUGACAUGGGUAUUCAAAGAGGUUUAAUGUGAUGGGACCUCCAAGAUUAUAGUGGGCUUUAAACCACUUGGAUACUAACUCAGCACUCGUAAAUUUUAGUCAUUCUAGCAUGUUGGGAUCUGUUUUGUAAUUUAUGUACGUGUUCAUAAAGUAUUUGUGUAAUAUCAUUUUUAUAAUAUUUUAAAGUGAAACCUUCCCCAACCAUGCAGGGAAUACUACUUUUUCCAUCCUCAAACAAUUUGAAGUGAUUGUUAAGUUCUAGUGCAUGAGGACUAUGUGCUAUACCUCAUGAAGUACGUAAGAUUUUAGAGAAAAAUAAUUGAAAUUGAGUCCCACAUUUCUCAACCACUUCUCUAAAGGACCAAUUUUUUUUAGUAAUUUUGUAACCUUACUUUAGAAAUAAAUAAUUUUAAGUGAUUUUAAGCCUUGUGCUGUAGUGCAUAAGGUAUAUGUAUAAUUUCUGAUGGACUGUUGAUUUCAGAGUGAAACAUUUCUUGUCACCUUAUGCACUGUUUAUUUAUUUAAUUUUAAUAUUAAUAUAUUUAAAGUGAUUUUGACCCUUGUGUACUUUUUCGUAGGUUUGUAUGUAAUACCACAUGAAAUUUUAUUUUAGAGCAACAUCUUUUCUACCCUCUGCUUUUCUUUACUGUAGUUAUAAUGUAAAAUUGUACAUUCUUAAGUAUGUACUACUAUAAAAAUCUGUGUUUUAAUUAUAAUAAAUAGUAAAACUACCAAAGUCUUAAUUUCUUCUUCUUUUUUGCAUCACUUCUUAUUGGUUUUCUGGGUUUUACUAUAGUAAUUACAUCUGUUCUGUACAGGCGCGUAGGAACCGGGGGGGCGACCCAGGCGACUGCCCGGCCAUAACAUUUCAUGGCCGGGCAAAGUGAUGGUUUUGCCCAGCCAUUGAAUCAGAUGAACAAGAGGCAUUGUCAUCAUUGUAAUGCUAAGUGGUUUUGUGGGAUUUUCUUGUCUGUGCGUUACUUUUUUCUUAAAAUAAAUUAAGACUUUUCGAUAAGUGUACAGGCACAAUAAAUACGGCAACUGUUCUUGUUUUCUUCUAAAUAUUCACGUUUCACAGUGCUGAUAGCGGAAAUAUUACUGUGGGAUAUAAGACCAGUAAAUGUUUCCGCUCGUUGCAGUAGCUUACGCUCCGUUUUUGUCCACCCUUGUCUACCUGACCUUCAGACCCUUGCAUUCACCCCACCUCGUUUCUACCUAACGGUAACGACCUGACGUGCAGAGCGCUUUCCACAUCAGUCAUCAUUCAACAGCUGUACGUCUUGCUUUUAAGUCCAAGAAACUUUGUGAGCCGUACUACAGAACUGUUUAAAAUAAACUUAUUUAUCUGUAGUAUCGUGAGUGAGUAGUGCGGAACGGCAGUGAUGAAAAACAUUUAGGGUUUAAGGAGAAAAUUUAUAAUGGUAUUUUAAUUUUUGCAGCGUACAAUGACUCAGAAGGUGACUUUGAAGGUGCUUGUAAUUUAUGUACUCUGUGCAGUGGGAAAAUUCAACAAAUAGCCUUUAAAAUGAAUUCUACGAGGCGAAAACUGAAAAGUGAACACUGUUUUGUGAUGCCAAGCCUUAAGUUAAUUUGUUAUAAAAAAAAGUUAAAAUUUCUGCUAGAAGUAAAUUUUAUUUUUAUGAACGAAAGAUGCUUAAAUAGCACCAUUUUGCUCCUUAGAAUACAAUUUUUUUUUCUACCGGGGGAAAGCCCCCGGACACUCCCUUUGUUAAAUCCACCACUUAUAAUGAUACUCUCCUUUGCCCCCCCAUUAAAUAUUUGCUUCCUACACGCCUGGUUCUGUAAACAAAGUAUGACUGAGUGAGAUAAAUCCGUGUGAUUAUUAUUUGAAUGUACACUAUGCUUUUGAAACUGUAAUUGGGUUGGCAUAAUUAAGGUCUGUGAUGACUACUAUGUUGGACUUAUCCAGUGGUCAUAUAGUGCAAAAAUAUCUGUGUCUCCAAAUAUACGUAAUAUUGAUUUACUACACAAACAUUUUCAAUAUAAAAAACAGGUAAUGGGUAGUACACUCUGACAAAAUAUAAACUUAAGAAGAAAAAACAUUUCUUAGUUAAUGUUUAGCUCAAUCGGAACAGAGUAACAAUAUAAUAUCAAUGACCGUAAAAUGUUACUUAAAUGUUUAAAAAUCAGUAAAUAUUCAUUAGAACAUCAAGUCUGUAGAGUCCCAUAGAUAGGCAUUCUCAAUAGUACAAUACACUAAAUUUAUUAAAUUUUAACAUUAUUGGAUGCUUGAAUAAUAUUAUUUUAUUUUAUUCCAAAAUGGAUUUAUAUUCUGGAAAUUUUGGUAUUAUUAUGUCUUAUCCAGAAAAUUAAGAAAAAAAAAUAUGCCAUGUAGGAACUCUUAGUAUCUAUCAAAACUUCAGAACAAAAUUACAAAAUUUUGUAUUUCUGGCUUUAGAAAAUUAUUAAAAAUCACUGGAAUAGUAGUCAUACAUAUGACCGAAUGGUUUAAAAAAUACCAAAUUGAUAUGGGAAGGCCUGUAAUACAAUGAUGCGGGAACAUAAAUCAGAAACAUCAUGGAACUGCAAGAUAUUUACUUUACCGUCUACUGCUCCCACAGUGCACGGAAAUCUAACAAAUGGCAACCAAUGAAAUUGAAUUUCACGCUUCUUAAAAAUUAAUUAAUUUAAUUAACAAAUUUUUGACUUAAACAAACUUGGCAACCACCAUGGCAAAAUACUUGAUUUCUAUUGGGUGCCCGGAAAAAAUUAAAUGGAAGAGCUGGGCAUUACUGAGCUAAUCCGUACAGUCCUGUGUCAGCUUGCAUGCCAUUGUAGAUACUCCAUGCCAUGAGAUCCAUACCCGUUUAUGUAAUCCAUCUCUGCUUCAGUGUCGUUAUAGAAUGGCACUAAUUUCUUCCCUGAUGAUAAUUUAUUAGUACCCGGAAUUUGCCUUAAAAUCACCUACUUGCAUAACUCACUAAACAAAUUAUAACAUCACAUGCAAAUCAUUCCCUGUCUUCUACCUACUAGUAAAUAAUGCAAGUGCAGAUGCAUUGAGAGUAGUAUAUAAAUGUCAGUUUGGUAACAGGUUUCAUGUGAGGAGCCGGAUGCCAUCUUGGAUUUUGAUAUCACAGCCGCUUUGACCUUAAACAUCAGCCAAAACUGACUCAAAACUCUCCAUAAUUAAUCCAAAUUUUCCAAAAUGAUGCAAAAAACCACUCAAAAAUAUAACCUAAAUAAAUACUUUUUAAAAAGUCUUAAAUAUCCUUAAAAAUUGUAAGUCAAGCUACUGAUUGGCAUGACUUUGACAUUCUAGAAAAUUACAACAUUAUAAAUUUUAAGAGAGCCUGCCAUCUUGGAUGCUGUCUUAAAAUCACUAAUUAUCGACCAAAAAAGUAAAAACUAUUAUUUAAAUAUCUAAUAAAAACUAUGAAGAAAAUUAAUUAAAAAGCAUGUCAUCUAAUUUGGAGCCCUCAGUUUAAACCUAAUGGGUGCAAUUAAAAAACCUGCCCUUCCUCCAUGGUGACUACCAGCAGACAGACUCCUUUCUACUAAUACCAAGUCAUAUAUUACUCCUAACAGUGUUAUGUCACAGCAGCCAUAUUAGAUACUGCCUUUUUGGAUUAUCUUGUCUUUUAGAGUGUGCUACCUCCAUAUUAGCUUAUGUUUUACCUGCUAGAACGCACUAGCAUCAAUCACCAGAUUGCCAACUAUCAUUGCACCCGCCAAAUGGUAGGUCAUCUUGGUGGCCAUCUUAAAAAUCUAUGAUAACCAAAAAAAAUACCUUGUUUUAAUCUUUAGUCAAUGUAAAAAAAGUAAUUUUUUGCUUAAAACUUACUUAUUAAUCAUUUAUUUAGUUAAAUAUAACCCCACUUUAUGUAAAUUGAUUCUCACGUCAUUCCAACUAGCUUCAAUUCCUUUAAAGGUUCCAACUGGUUAGAAUUACAUUUGCCUACAACUAGUUGCUGCUCAUAUGGCUCCAAUUAACUCUAAUUGCUCCAGUAUCUGCAAUUUCACCAAUGCCUCCAACUGGUUCUUAGAGCUCAAUUUGGCUACAAUGGCUCCAAUUACAGAGGAACUUAGGGUAUUGUGGACCCCCCUUUUGUUUUUUUGUUGUAUUUCAGUAUCUUUAUUAGAUAAUUACAUCUGUUUAUUCAAUAUGACAGCGUGGUAUGUAAGGAUAGCGAAAAUAUGGAACCUACUAAUUUCACUCAGGAUGUUGGCUUUAUAUAGUGAUAUAUAAAAAAGUAUGCAAAGGUCCACUUUAUCCGAAUAGUGUGGGUAAAGUGCAACCAUAGGUACACUUUACCCAUCCCAAAUUAUUAAAACUUUUAAACAAAGAUUACAUUUUAAUUUGUAUAAGUAUAAAGUGGGUACACGUUUCGGAGACAAAAAGUUAUUAAUAGUGAAGUUUAGCAGAAUAAUAGUUCACAUAUUUACUAAAAUAUUCUAAAUGUCUUAUUUUAACACUGAAUACAUUCUAGACUACAUGAUUGUAAUAAGGAUGCACUAACCACAUGUGUAGCCCUAUGUCAGUAGAUAUAUGUGCUUAAGUGGUGGAUUAGGUUUUGCAAAUAUCACAUACGAAAUGUGCAGUUUCAUUGUCAGCACAUUCUUCAUGACUCCAGUCCAAACACUCCAAACACUGAACCCACUUUUCCCCAGCUCUGUCAUCAGUAAACUUUCCAGAGCAAUAGAUACAAGUAGCAUCAGAUUCGUCAAAUGUAUUACGCUCAACUGAUUGCUUUGUAUCCAUAGUCUUCCCAGAUAGCUGUUUAUUUAAGUUAUUCUUUUUUCAAGUAGGCUGAAAUUGCCGGAUUUUUUUGGCAGCUCGUUUAUGACUUUCUUGAAGGCUGUUUUUGAAAGGAGAUGGUGUAACAACACAUGCCGCUCCUCUUGGCCUACCUCUUGUUGUUGCUGCUCCUGAGGUAUUACUGGAGAUGGCGAAAUGUCACUAGGGCCUACUGAAAAUGCAGUUCCUCCCGGUGGUGAUUUGGGAAGCGGACUCUGAAUAAGUGUUAGGGCUGACAUUUCGAAGUAGUGGAAAAGCUUCAUCGGCAGCAGAAGAUGUGUUUGGUUGUAUAAUUUGAGCUUCAGAUGAAGAUGUGUCUGCUACAUCUCGUAAAGGUGACUGAUUACCCCCCGAUAUUUGUGGGCUCGCUGUAACUGUAACUUCCGGAACUGCCAUGUAACCCCAAUAUUCCGAAGAAGCGAAAUCAGCAUCUGAAAUAUGUUCCUGUUAAUUGGGUAUAUUCCUGUCUUGCGGAAACCACUGACAGCAUUUUCACUGGUUUGUGCUUUCAGAUAAUCUUUCCCAAAGAGUUCAGUUACAUCGAAAUGUGUCACAGCUCUGCCUGUUAUCCUCAAGAACAUACGCAGUUCUUCACUAUAAUAAUGUUUCAGAACACCCAUGAAUGUUUUAUCAAGGGGUUGAUGUUUAUGUGUGCUGUGUGGUGGCAAGCAAAUUAUGGUGACAUGAUUCGUUCUGGCUUUGUCUAUAA